AUGAGAGAGAUCCGACGAUAUUUGUUUUGGAUCGGUUACGAUGGGUCGAAGUUUCCAGAAAUGGCAAAAGGCGGAACAGGAUUCGGAGUUAUGGACCUUCUAAAUCAGACAGUUUCCACCUCAUUAUUCGGAUUUCGAAACGAAAGAAAACCAGAGCAACAGGAAUGUCUGAAACUCUCGCCGAGUAGUCGAACUGACGCAAAAGUUCAUGCGAUUCGAAACUCUGUAAUUUGUCAGAUUCCCUUGGAAUAUUCCGAAUUAGAUAAAACUCCUGAAAUCAAAGCAGACUACAUGAAAAAGUGGAAAUCGACGAUUGAUGCUGCCAAUCCAGGUUCCUUGGUUAUUCGAGACGUUCAUUCUGUUUCAGCAGGAUUUUGCAUUAGAAGAAGUGUAUCAUAUAGGAAAUAUACAUAUCGACUCGCUGUAUGUCGUUCUUGGGAACUGUGGGAGUCUAUUCGCCAAGAGCCAUCGAUUGCUUGCUUCUCCGAAAGAGACUAUGCAUGGAGAUUACCUCCUGGCUUCUCACCGGAACGGCUUCUAACUGCUGGUAGACGUUUUGAGGGUGAACAAGUUAUGGGAUCAUUUUUCAAGCAUACUAAUCGUGAGAAACGGUUCGAACCAAUUACCCCUUCUGCUCUCAAAUACAUUUUGCACGUUGGGUUAUCAAAUGGAGAAGCUUAUUCGAUAAAUAAUGAUAUUUAUGACUAUUACAAUGUGACAAUUGUAGCCAAAUCGUUUGUUCGAGAGCAGAUUCGAAGAAUGAUGUCUUGUCUGGUUAACUAUUCAUACGAUCGGAUACCUCUGGCGACAGUGGAUUGGCUACUCAACAAUCCGAUCAGUUCUAAUUUUUUCGAUAUGGGCAUUCCAAUAGCUCCUCCUCAAGGUCUUUUUCUAACUGAUGUAGUCUACGAUCCUAACAUGUUUACAAAGCCUGUGCCAUAUUAUUUGCACUCGUGGGAUUACGAAUAG